UGUUGAUAGAGUGUUGAACUGAAAAGUCGAAGUGGCGAAAGAAGGAAGGCGGGCAGGCUUAGGCUUAGGCUUAGGCGGGCGGAACGCAGCAGACGACAUUUCCGGCGACGGAAUUUCCUCUUUCUUCUCCGUACCAACUCUCCAACCACCCGGAUCGGCAGCUAUGUUCCACUCCUUGCAGACUCAACAAGAUUAUGAGAAGAGGCCUAUUGAGGUGCGGGCCACUGAGGCGUUGGGUCAGGGGUUUGAUCUCGCCAGCGAUUUCAGGCUUAAGUUCGUCAAAAGAUGCCCCAACGGCGGGAGGUUGGUUGUUUUGGAUGGGCAACGGAAGCGGGAUGUUGUUGUUCCAGGAGGCGUCAUGAUUCCUAGUGUCCCGGAAUGCAUUCGCGUUGAUAAGGGGGACCAUAUUCGGUUCAAGUCCGAUGUACUCCAAUUCAAUCAGAUGUCAGAGCUGCUUAAUCAGAAAUCAUCAAUACAAGGAAAAGUUCCUUCUGGGUAUCUUAAUGCUAUUUUUGAUUUGAGUGGAGCCUGGCUAAAUGAUGCAGCGGAUGCCAAAUAUUUAGCUUUUGAUGGUUAUUUCAUCUCACUUUACUAUUUACACCUUACUACAUCACCAUUAGUACUCCAUGACCAUGUUAAGAAGUCUGUUCCAUCUCGCUGGGAUCCGGCAUCACUUUCCAGAUUUAUCCAGACAUAUGGAACACAUAUAGUUGUGGGAAUGGCAGUUGGAGGCCAGGAUUUGCUUUGUGUUAAACAGAGGCCCUCUUCUCCAAUUCCACCAGCUGAACUGAAGGGUUAUUUGGAGGAGCUUGGAGAUUGUCUGUUCUCUGACACUAACAGUCCUAUAUUGGAGAGAACGACAAAAGAUAACAAAAAGAAAGUUCCGGAGGUAUUUAGUCGUAUGCUGCAGGCACAUACAAUGCAGUUCACCAGCAUCACAGAAACAUCAAGCAAGGAUGGACUCACGCUUAUUUGGUCAAAAAGAGGAGGAGAUGUGUUUGCCCAAAGUCAUUCGAGGUGGCUCCAAACCAUGGCAGCUAACCCAGAAGCCAUACUUUUCAAGUUUGUACCGAUUACCUCUCUACUGAAUGGAAUUCCAGGGAGUGGCUAUCUUAGUCAUGCCAUUAACUUGUAUCUAAGAUACAAACCCACUUUAGAGGAUUUGCCAUACUUUUUGGAAUUUCAAGUUCCGAGGCAGUGGGCUCCUUUGUUCUGUGAGUUGCCCCUCAGACAUCAAAGAAGGAAGGCAUCUUUCCCUUUCUUGCAGUUUAGCUGCUUGGGUCCAAAGAUUUAUGUCAGCUCCACUCAGGUUACAAGUGAUCAAAAACCAGUCAUUGGUCUCCGUCUGUAUUUGGAAGGGAAGAAAAGCAAUCGGUUGGCCAUACAUGUACAGCAUCUGUCAAGUCUUCCAAAUAUUAUGACACUUACUUCAACUAAUCCAACUAUACACAAGCCGCAGUGGCGAGGUUCAGAUGAUUAUGAAUCCUGUGACCAGUUCUUAGAACCAGUAAGAUGGAAGAGAUACUCAAAUGUGUGCUCAUCAGUAGUUAAGCAUGAUCCCAGCUGGGUGCAAGGAGAAUCUUCUGGUGUUUUCAUUGUAACUGGUGCACAGCUUGUAAUCAAGGGAAAAUGGCCGAGGAAAGUUCUUCAUCUCCGUCUGCUUUAUACCCAUAUUCCUAACUGUACUAUACGAAAGACAGAAUGGGCUUCCGCGCCUGAAGCUUCUCGGAAGUCAAGCUUCCUAACUAACCUGAGCACAACUUUCACGUUCACCCAGCGAACCGUGGCUGAUGCAGCAAAGCAGCCCCCUGCAACUUUAAACUCUGGUGUAUACCCAGACGGCCCACCUGUUCCGGUUCGCUCUAUGAAGAUGCUUAAAUAUGUUGAUGCCACUGAGGUGGCACGCGGUCCAUAUGACAAUCCAGGUCAUUGGUUGGUGACAGCGGCUAAAUUGGUGGUUGAAGGUAGGAAAAUUGGUCUGCAAGUCAAAUUUGCUUUAUUAGAUUAUUCACAAGAGGCAUAAUGUUGAUAUGUACAUAAUAACAAAUUCUUGCAACCUUUUUUAUUUCGAGGUUUGUCCUAUAUCAUUCUUUGUCCAGAAACAUGGAAAAAAUUGUGAUGGUUGGAAAAAUUUGAUGUCUUUGUACAGAAUCUAAACUCACUCCACGAGAGGUUGAGUUAGUCAAUUCCAUUCUACGGCAGUUAGUUUGUUUUUUCCAA